GCUGACAUUGUCACGUUUGUGCUCGAAAAAACUGCCCUAGACACAUACGGCUUUGACACAUUCUGAUCGUUUUUGUGACAAAAGUGCAACUGUUGAAUCAUUGAUUAGGUGAAACCGGUCAAAAAAGUGCUUACGUGUUAUCACACUUGCUUUUUAAAUAAAGUGUUGUGACUUUUCUGUAGUGUUUGUCGACUUUAUGUGAUUUAUUAUCUUUUAGGCAAUGUGUCAGUGUUGAUUAGUGUUUAGUGUGACUUGUGUUUUGAUUGUUGAAUAUUGAAAGACGGAUAUUGAAAAUGACGGAAGAUAAGAAGCCAUUGUUACUGUUCAAAGAGGGCAAGGCGUCAUACGGCACAGACUCCGCGACACGAGGGCGGCGCGUGAUAUUUUGCGUGCACGGCAACCCUUCCAGCGGGUGCUGCGCUGUCAUAGAGAACAGCCCCGACGGCGACCCCGACAGGAGAAACGGCAGCAUCACCGAGAUUGAGAGGCAUUGCCACAGAUCUAGAAAUGAAGAAAUAGACAAAAGAGCGCGGAGAAAACUCAUCAUAGCCAGUAUUUUAUGUGUAGUGUUCAUGAUAGGUGAAAUUGUAGGUGGGUACAUAUCCAACAGUUUAGCGAUAGCAACAGACGCGGCACAUCUGUUGACGGAUUUCGCCAGUUUCAUGAUCUCUCUAUUUUCCCUGUGGGUUGCCAGCAGACCUGCGACCAGGCGGAUGCCGUUCGGUUGGUACCGCGCUGAAGUGAUAGGAGCGCUAACAUCGGUUCUGCUGAUCUGGGUGGUGACAGGGGUGCUGGUGUACAUGGCGGUUCAGCGCGUCAUCUACCGUGACUUCGACAUCGACGCCACCGUCAUGCUCAUCACCUCUGCUGUUGGAGUUGCUGUCAAUCUCGUAAUGGGUCUGACGCUCCAUCAACAUGGACACAGUCACGGCGGCGGCGGACACGGUCAUUCGCAUGGAAGCAGCAACCCCGUACUCAAUAAUAAGAAGGAGGGUACAGACGCGGACGUGGAAUGCACCCCUGCGCCGGCGCAACACCACCAGCAGAACAUCAACGUGCGCGCCGCCUUCAUACACGUGCUCGGGGACUUCCUGCAGAGCUUCGGAGUGCUCGUUGCCGCCAUCGUCAUAUACUACAAGCCGGAAUGGAACCUGGUGGACCCAAUCUGCACGUUCCUGUUCUCAGUGUUGGUGCUGAUAACCACCUUCAGCAUCAUUAAGGAUACCCUACUGGUGCUCAUGGAGGGAUCUCCCAGAGGAGUCGACUUCCAGGAUGUGGCAAACACGUUCCUGUCGCUGCCGGGCGUGGUGCGCGUGCACAACCUGCGCAUGUGGGCGCUGUCGCUCGACAAGACCGCGCUCUCUGCGCAUCUGGCUAUACGCACAGGCGUCUCACCGCAGAAGGUUCUAGAACAAGCGACGAGACUCGUCCACGAUAAGUACGACUUCUUCGAGAUGACCCUCCAGAUUGAAGAGUUCAGCGAUGGCAUGGAAGACUGCAGCCAAUGUAAGAUGCCGCAAUCUUAGCUUGUAGGUAGUAGAGUUGUUAUUGCUUGGACCGUGAAUUUUUAGAUGCUUAUUUAACUUUGUAAAGUGUAGAAAAAGUUGUUUGAUAAGUUAAUUGAAAGGGUUUUAGUUUAUAAAAACAAAUCAUACGUUGCGUCCACAAGUCACCAGAUAAUUUAACUUUAUACAAGUUAUCCACCCAUCGGUUGUAUAGACAAUGUACCUUGUACGAUGAUGACCAUUACCAAACCAUCAUCAUAGAAUAAAGAAUAGAUAAUAUUACAUGUAGAACGGACAUUCUCCGCUCCGCACAAACUCGUAUCGGUGCCUAGCUAGAUUUACCUCACCCCCCGCUUGGUUCCACUUUAGACUAAAUGUCCGUAAGGAGUAAGUAGCGCGCGUGCUGCGCUAAAAUCUCAUUCGUAAGCAUGAGUGAGACCGCUUACGAAUGAGAUUUUUAUAUGGAAUGUCUGAGCUGCGCCGUCAUGAUGAAACAAUCAAUAAUGAUGAUGAUGAUGACGAUGAAACAAAGAUUAAUGAUAGUUCCUUGCUAAAUUAUUUCGUAUAAAGUUCACGGUCCCUUAAAAAUAAGCCUGAAAAAUUUUGAAAUUGUCUAUUUUAGCUUACUGUUUAGUUAAGUAAUUAUUUAUUAGUUCGAGUUACUUUCAAUGCUCUUUUAAAAGGAACAUGUGCGUUAGUUUUUACCUACAAUAUAUUAUUUUUUUCAUGAUUUUAUUUAUAUAUAAUUUCGUGGAGUAAUUAUUAUUAUUCUGGUAUAUUAUUGCUUGCAUAUAUCGUUCAAAUGUCUUCCAAAGUAUUGAGUUUAUAUAACAUCAAACACGAUUUUUAAAAGAUAUUUUUGCAAAGGAAUGUGUUAUAUAAAAUAAAAUAGUUUCCUGAAUAUAACAUGUAAAAUGUUAUUUACCUUAAUAUAUAAUUUUUAUAAUUAUAUACACAGAAAUAUAUAAAUAUAAAAAAUAUAUUAUAUUAAAUAAAUAAAUAAUAAUAUUAUUGUAAUAUUAUUAAAUCAAAUGAAUUUAAAAAUGAUAUAGCUAAUGUGAAUGCGCCUUGUUAUAUUUUUGGAUAAAAUAAUUUACAACAAAUUAUUUUGUUAAGAUAUUGUAUUGUAGCAAUAAUAGUUCUUAGUGUAAUUUAAUUUAUAAGUAUAUUGUCAUGUAAGUAAAUAGAUAUAAUUUGGUAUUAUAUAAUAUACAAUCAUGUUUUGAAA